AAUAUCGACAACGAAGCAUAUGAGAUAAUAAUUAACUCAUAUAGAAACAUCAGGUAACCUUCAAAGUCCUCUAACAACAAAUCUACAUAGUUUAUUGAAUGUGAGGGAAGUCGAUAAUCUGAUUCAAUAAGUGUUCAAAGUUUUCCUGAAUUGCAUAAAUGGCGUCGCAUAAACCCCCAUUUUUGAAGAAAGAAUCGAAGUACGAUGUAACUUACUUGAAACAUAUUUGCGAUUUGAAUAUAGAAACAGAACCACAAGAUGUAAGACUGACAGGAAUAGUAUGUACUAUUGGUCCUGCUUCCAGAGAUACCCAGAUACUUGAGAAAAUGAUGGCCAGUGGCAUGAAUGUUGCGCGUUUGAAUUUUUCUCACGGUACACAUCAGUACCACAGAGAAACCAUUCGAAAUAUCAGAUCCGCUGUGGAUAACUACAGCAAAAAACUGGGCACUUACCACCCUAUAGCCAUAGCUUUAGACACCAAAGGUCCUGAAAUCAGAACUGGAGUUCUAGAAGGAGGUAUAGCGGCGGAAAUUGAACUUCAAGAGGGUGAAACCAUAGAGCUCACCUCCGAUAAGAAUCUGUACUCCAAAGGAAACGCCAAGUGUAUCUACGUUGGCUUGGAGGAUCUGCACAAAAAAGUUCCAAUAGGUGCAAGGAUAUUCGUGGAUGACGGACAAUUAGCCCUCAAAUGCACCAAAGUGCUAAAGGGCUCCAUCGAAUGCUUCAUCGAAAAUGGAGGCAGCUUGGGAAGCUCGAAAGGGGUGCACAUUCCAGGGGUGCCAAUAGAUCUACCGCCAGUGUCACAGAAAGAUCUGGAGGAUAUAGAAUUUGGGCUAAAAGAAGAUGUCGACAUGGUCUUCUUGUCUUUUACCAAGGACGCGAACACUGUUCGGACGAUACAGGAUGUGAUAGAGAAAACUGGGAAGCAAACCAAGGUGAUAGCCAAGAUAGAGAACGCCCACGGUAUGAAAAACAUGGACGAAAUAAUAGCAACAGCGGACGGUAUACUGAUCGAUCGUGGUGACCUUGGGAUGGCAAUACCGACCCAAAAGGUUUUUCUGGCUCAGAAAACGAUAAUCGGGAAGUGCAACAAGGCGGGAAAACCCAUAAUUUGCGCCACUCAGAUGUUGGAGUCGAUGAUCUACAGGCCCAGACCCACGAGGGCGGAAAGUUCAGAUGUGGCAAAUGCGGUCUUAGAUGGCGCUGAUUGCGUUAUGUUGUCAGGGGAAACGGCCAAAGGGCACUACCCUUUGGAGUGCGUCAAAGUUAUGAGCGAUAUAAGUAGGGAAGCCGAGGCGGCCGUAUGGCAAAGACAACUCUUCGAAGAUCUGUCCAAUGAGAUUCACACUAAGGAUACCACCCACACCAUAGCUAUAGCGGCAGUUGCUGCCUCUAUAAAGAAUCUGGCAAGUGCCAUAGUGGUCUUAACUGCUUCUGGAAGAUCAGCACAGCUAAUAUCCAAAUAUAGACCACAUUGUCCAAUAAUUGCUGUGACCAGAUCCAGACUGGUUGCUAGACAAAGUGUCAUCCAUCGUGGAAUCCUUCCAGUAGUUCGAGAAGAAAUUCUGGACAAUUGGGUUGAGGAUGUGAAUGCAAGUGUUGACUACGGAAUCGAUUAUGGGAAGAGAAGCAGGUUCAUUCAUAAAGGAGAUUCUGUUAUUGUUGUAACAGGUUGGAGGGAGGGUAAAGGCUUCACCAACACGAUGAGAAUUUUGGAGGUGAAUUGAAGCAAAGAUUAUAACAAUCGAGUGUGUCAAAAUGUAUAUUUGACACGUAUUUCUACCUAUUCUUGUAGUAGAGCUCCAAGAAAUUUUCUUCCACACGAAUACACUUCAAAUGAGAAAAUUCUGAUAGAAAACAUUAUUUUUAUGCGAAUAAAUUUGAAAAAUCA